CGAGUAUGUAAUACGAACCUGUCUGAUCCUCGAAGCUAUUGAAAUCGUAUCACCCUAUGGAUACCGCUCUGGAUACCGCAAAAUGGAAGACAAAAGGCGACCGAGUCGCGGGAAAAGCGGCAAAUUCCCGCCAGUAGCAACCGGUGUCGUAGACAAAUGAUCAAGAUGUUGUUGUUGUUCACGUUGAUGUCUUCUUUUCAAAUGCUGAUUGUAACUACAAACGAGAUUCCAUCGAGCGACGAUAAAACGUUGGUCCAUUCGACGAAGAAUCUAGCUGUGAGGAUAGUCGGCGGAGAAGUCACUGACAUAAAAAACUACCCGUUUCUCGUCUCGGUCCAACGGCGACACUUUAGUCAUAUCUGCGGAGGUACUUACAUAGCACCGAGAUUCGUUUUGUCAGCCGCUCAUUGCAUGGUCAGGUGCGUUCUAAGACUGCGACACUUCUACAGUCUAUCGCUCUUCGCCCUAAAAUGGUAGCAGUGUAUCUUUAACGUGUCGGAUUUUGUGACCAACAGAUUAGUGAAAAUAAUCAAUUGACGAAAUGUUCAUAAGUCUAUUUAUGGCAACUCGAUGAAUUAUGGAAUUGGUGCUUGUAUAUGUGACUGCACGAUGAAUACUCAUCGUAUAAUCAUGAGAAAUAUUAGAUAGACAGAUUGGGAGUUUAGGGGAUAAUUUGUAUCAUUUAAUUGAUAGGAGAGAA